AUGCAUUGGUUGUUUGCAUUCAUUAUUCUUUUAAUUAUUUGUUUAAUUCAUUUAUUUAUUUGUCCAUAUACAAAAGUUGAAGAAAGUUUCAAUCUACAAGCUAUUCACGAUCUUUUAAUUCAUCGAUUGAACAUAUCAAAUUAUGAUCAUUUAGAAUUUCCUGGAGUUGUACCUCGAACAUUUCUCGGACCGAUAUUUGUUGCAAUAUUAGCUUGGCCUUUUACAAACAUUUCAUUGAAUCAUCAUCUUCUUUAUUUACAAUAUAUUGUUCGAAUUAUUCUUGGUCUACUAGUCAUUUCCGGUUUAAUUCAUUUAUAUAAGUCAUUAAAAGGUUAUUGUGAUUUAUCAACAAGACGUUGGUGGCUUUUUGUGAUAGUGACACAAUUUCAUUUUUUAUUUUAUUCCACACGAACAUUACCAAAUAUAUUUGCAGUUGUUAUUGUUUUACAUUCAUUUGCAUUUUGGCUUUCCGGACAAGGGAAAUUACUCGUAUGGACAUCUGCGUUUGCAAUACUUAUUUUUCGAUCUGAACUUGUUAUUUUAUUGGGUUUAAUUUUAUUACAAGAAGUUUUCAUUAAAAAACAUUUAACUUUUACGAAAACAAUCAUUCAUGGAUUGAUUGCUAGUUGUUUAGCUAUUGGAUUGAGUACACUUGUUGAUAGUUGGUUUUGGCAACGUUGGUUAUGGCCUGAAGGUGAAGUGCUGUAUUUUAAUACAAUUCUUAAUAAAAGUUCACAUUGGGGUACAUUUCCAUUAUUAUGGUAUUUUUAUUCUGUUCUACCACGAGCACUUGGUGCAUCGCUUAUACUUUUACCAUUAGGUUUAAUUGUUAAUAAACAUCUUCGAUGGAUUAUAUUGCCAAAUGUAUUAUUUAUUAUAAUCUAUUCAAUUUUACCACAUAAAGAACUUCGAUUUAUUAUCUAUACAUUUCCAAUUUUAAAUAUAUCGAUUGCUCAAGGAUGUUCAUAUUUAUUUCAAACAAGAAGACGUUGGUCAAUUGUUGUUAAAUUAUUUGUGUUGGGUUUAUUAUCAAUAAAUAUGAUUCAAACAGGUAUCUCAUUGAUCGCUUCACAUUAUAAUUAUCCAGGAGCAAAUGCUUUACUUCAACUUCAAGCAUAUAAAAAAUAUGAAUCAACAGCGACCGUUCAUAUUGAUGUUUAUUCAGCUGAAAAUGGAGUAUCUCGUUUUCUUGAAAUGAAAAAUUGGAUUUAUAAUAAAACCGAAAAUUUAACUAUUGAUGACUUAUCUCAAUUUGAUUAUUUAUUGGUUGAAGCAACAAAUGAUGAUGAUCAUCGUUUAAUUCCGUAUUUAUCUCGAGGUCAUCAAAUUAUUGAUUUUGUUCGUGGAUUUAAUGGAUUUUAUAUUCAUAGACAAUUUUUAUUGAGAAUGCGUUUUACACCGAAAAUUUAUAUGUUAGAAAAAAAGAAAAAUACAAGUUGA